UUGUGAGUUAACUGUUAUUAACUCAAAAAAAAAAAAAAAAAGAUCACCACAGCUCUCUCUCUCUCAAGUCUCAAGUCUCAAGUCUCAACGAAAGAGCGCGACUCGAAGAUCGAACCGACACAUAUUUUCAUUCAUACCCCUUUCCUUUCCUUCCCUUCGUUGGGUUUUUAAUAUCCCUCCUUUCUUCUUCGAUUCUGACUAAAAUUUUGCUGGUUUUGAUUAUUUAAGAAAGAUCACAGUGACUCGAUUCUACAAAUUUGGGUGGGGCUUCUUUGGUAAUACAGGUUACGAGUUCUUCUACAAUUCAACUAUAGGGUGCGAGUCAUGGGUACUCCUGCUACUCUUGGUGACGAAGACGACGAUGACCGCUUCUUUGAUGCCCACCAACACGACUUUUCUUUACAUCUUUGGACCACUUCUCCUGACUGUGUUUCCAACCGCCGCCGCAACUUCCUCCAAUCUAUGGGCUUUAGUUUCAAAAAGUCUGCUUCAGACGAUUCUCUACAUGAACUUCUACCAUCUCCCCACGCUGUGUCUCAAGUUGCUACCGUCUCUUCUAUUGAAGCUGUGAAAGAAGUUGAUCUCUUGCUGAGGAAUGAAUCUACUUCCUCCUCUGUCUUUGAUAUUUCCUCUGUUUCAUCGUCAUCUGAGGAUGCAGAUGAUCAAACCUUGUUGUCCAGGAAUGAUUCCUCCACUAGUACUAGUACUAUUAUGCCUCUGGGCUUGAGUGAAUCCGGCUCUAGUAAAUCCGGUAGCUUUGGCGAUUUCCAUGACUCUCCAUCGAGCCGAAGAGAUGAUUUGCUCAGUAAAGGGGCUAAAUCUUGGUUAAGGAAGCUAGGUGCUUUGACACAUGUCCUUGAGUCUAUGGACUGUGAAUCUGUGAGAUCACCAUUGCAUCAUGUUGCGCGAGUGCAGACACACAAGAAGCAGUUCAAGGAGCUCUCAUCUCUAUGUGUUGAUCAAGACUUUUCAGCGCAUGAUGGCUCCAUCUUAGCCAUGAAGUUUUCUCCUGAUGGGAAAUACAUUGCAAGCGCUGGUGAAGACUGUGUUGUCCGAGUUUGGGCCAUCACUGAGCGAGAGAGAACACAAAAGUAUGAAGUAGCUGAGGUUGAUUCUGGUGUCUACUAUGGGAUGAACCAACAUUCUCAGAUUGAGCCCUUGAAGAUUAAUUGUGACAAAACUGAAAAGAAGACCUCAAGUUUUUUGAGGAAGUCACCAGACUCAACUUACGUUGUGUUACCUCCUACUAUCUUCAGUAUAUCGGAGACGCCUCUGCAUGAGUUCAGAGGUCAUAGAGGUGAGAUCUUAGAUCUUUCCUGGUCUGAGAAAGGGUAUCUCCUCUCAUCUUCUGUGGAUGAGACUGUUCGUUUAUGGAGAGUAGGUUCUGAUAAAUGUCUCAGCACGUUUACUCAUAACAACUUCGUGACUUGUGUGGCAUUCAACCCUGUGGACGACAAUUACUUUAUAAGCGGAUCUAUUGAUGGGAAAGUUCGAAUAUGGGAUGUGUCUCGUUGUAGGGUUGUUGACUACACAGAUGUAAGAGACAUUGUUACAGCUGUGUGCUACCGUCCAGAUGCAAAGGGUGCAGUAAUAGGUUCCAUGACAGGGAACUGUCGCUUUUACCUUAUAUUCGAUAAUCAGCUGCAAAUGGACAAAGAGAUCAACGUGCAUGGUAAGAAGAAGGUUGCAAGCAAAAGGAUAACUGGUCUUCAGUUUCUUCCCAGUGACCCGGAAAAAGUAAUGGUUACUUCUGCUGAUUCACAGAUUCGCAUUUUAUGCGGAGAGGAUGUAAUCUGCAAGCUUAAAGCUUCUAGUCUUCGCACAACAUCUGCUUCAUUUAUUCCUGAUGGGAAACAUAUUGUCUCAACAUCAGAGGAUUCUUGCAUUCAUGUGUGGAACUACUCUCAGUUACCGAGUAAGAAACCUUCUUCAGGAAUAAAAAGCACUCGGUCUUACGAGGGCUUUCUCUCACACAAUGCGUCUGUAGCUAUACCUUGGCUCCGACAAGGACACAGGGAUGAUCUGUCUGAAUGUAUCAUAGAUCUGGACAGGAAGAUACCGAAAGUGGACUGUUUCUCUCCGAUGAAAGGAUCAACAACGUGGCCUGAAGAGAAGCUGGAAGAUGCUGCAAUGAGCAACAGAGAGAAACUGAAGCUUCUGAGGAGCGCAUGGCAGCCUCACCUGUGGGGGCUUGUGUUUGUGACAGCGACAUGGGAUGGAAGGAUCAGAGUAUUUAACAACUAUGGUUUGCCAGUUCGGGUCUAAAAGACAUACAAAAGUUAUUAGAUAGGAUUCUUUUAUUUGUUACUUAGGAGUAAAAUAUGUAUACAUAUUACACAAAUGUCUCAAAAAUCUUUUGUCCACUAUUUUUGGUAAUAAUAUUUAUGGAGUGAUUUUAUGCAA